AUGUUGACCCCUAUGCCGAAAGACAAUACCGUUGGAGUUCUUCACGCCCAAACCUUCCACCUAUUCCCAAGACUUCCACUUGAACUUCGCCAAGAAAUCUGGAAGCUCGCACUACCACUGACCUCCGAGAAACCAGGAGUAUGCAUCCUCUCAGAAGGCAUGGCAUUUCUAGAGGGUAUAAGCAGUCUCACAGUCAAGGAGCACCACUCGUCACUCAAGGCCGUCUGCCAAGAAGCGCGCAAGACAGCUCUUGAGACCCUCCCCAUGAGACGCGACUACAAUCCUCUCAUCGACAUUAUAUACAUCGACCACUACAGCUUCUCUGCUUUCUGUUCCAGGGCCACGAUUGAUGACUGGAGCCUUGUCAGGCACAUCGCACUUUCUCUCCCACUUGCAGUGAUGGGUUUCAACAUCUCCUUAGCCUUGUUCGGGCUGCCUGGCUUAGAGGAACUGUCGGUUGUUUAUCCCAAGUCAACUGGAACUGUAGAUCUGUUUGACGACGUGUCUGUCCCCGAGACGGGCCCACGAAAGCUCAGGAGGUUUACGCAGACUGAAAUGUCUUGCUUUGUGAUCAAGGCGGAUUUCAUAGAUGAGACUCAUGGCGGAGAUGUCCCCAUUGUCUGGGAAAAGGAUGUUAGGACGCAUCUGGACUUUGUCAUGACAGGGUUGUCGCAGGAGACGUGCUCCAGUCUACUGUCGUGUUGGGAUGAGGAGAGGAAGAGGUUGAUGUUGACGAUGCAUGCGUUGUGUUUCGAGGUGGAUAAGUCAUGA